UUUUCUUAACCUGUUGAUACCUCACAGGCUGCAUUCAUUACAUUACAUCCCAUGAGAUCUGCGUUCAGAGGUUUAUUCUCUGUAGCUGAUGAAGUCUUUAUAUGAGACGUCCUUUAGCUGCAGCGCCCCUUCUGGUGGAGCCUGGCACAGGCUGUGUUUGGGGUUGCCAGGAGACUUCUUAAAACAGAAACAAGUCUCCACUGUAUAUUCACCUCCCUCUGCUACACUUCUAAUUAUGGAAAUGAUGGAAAACUCUGAUGAGUUGGAGCAGUCUCAUGAGAAGGAGAGGCUGAGGAUGAGGAUCGGUGUUCUGGAGGAGAGUGUGAAGUCCUGUGAGGUGGAGUGCAAAGCCAGCAGAGAGACGGUGCUCAGGCUGGUGUCAGAGCUGGACCGAGAGAGAAGGAAGGCUGCCAGCAGUGCAGCGGCACUGGAUUCAGUCAAGAUGGAGUUAGACGGCCUGGCGGUGGGAAGAAAGAGUGCUGAGAUGGAGAAGGAAACACUGAUGGAGAGGCUCGAGGCCAGCAAGAGAGUCAUAGAAGCAGCUCGGCGAGAGUCGCGCUGUUUGGAGAAACAGGUGGAGGAGCUUGAGCAAAAGAUCCAGUCGAGCCAGGGAGAGACUCAGGCAGCUGAGGAGAGACUACAGAUGUUCCUGAAGAAGAUGGCAGCCCUGCUGCAGGGGAGGUGUGAGGACGUCGUCCUUCCCACAGAGAGAGAUGUUUUAAACAAAGUGGAUAAGUCUUUGUCAGAGACGGAGGCGAGGCUGUGCCACGUGUCUGAGAAGAUGAGCGAGCAGAUGGAGCUCCAGCAGAGUGCACUGCAGAGGGCUCAGCUUGCAGAGCAGCAAGUCCAGGACCUGAGAGACAGGCUGCAGGCUUCGGAGACUGAGCUGUUAACGGCAGACAUGCAUCGUGACGGGCUGAGACACAACGAGCAGCAUUAUGAAGAGUUCCUGGGACAGCUGUCAGAGACGAUGAAGGUUGACAGCAUGGCCGUGGAUCUGGGCUUUGACAUGAGGUGCAAACUCAUCCUGUCACGCGUAGAGCAGCUGGUCAGACAAGAGGCGUCUGCUUUGGUGGAGAGCAAAAGUCUGACCUACAGUCUACAGAGAAAGUUAAAGUCACAGAAAGACCAACUAGAGAGCAAAGGACUCCACGUCCAGCUCCUGAGGAAGAAAGUGUCAGACCUGGAGGAGGAGAAGAGGAGCCGAUCAGCGCUGGCCGUGCAGCGAGAUGAUGCUCAUGUGGAGGCCAAGAGGCUGCAGAAGAAGCUGGAGCGUCUCCAGGUCGAGCUGAGGGCGACCAGGCAGUCCAACACUGAGCUCAAGGCCCAGCUGAUCCACGCCAAUGAGCUCAAGCUGAAAGUCAUAGAACAGAAUCAGACCAUGAAGGAGCAGAAAAAGAAGCUGGAUCAGCUGGUGGAGGGGAAGGCCAAGGUGGAGAAGAAGCUGAACACAGCGAGCUCAGACCUGCAGAGCCACGAGAAGAAGUCCAGAGAGGACCAGCUACAACUCAACACCCUCAGACAGAGUCUGGCUCAGCUGUCUGAGAGGGAGAGAGAGCUGGUGGAUUUCCGGAUGGUUGUUUCUCAGAUGGUGGGUCUGGAUGCAGCAGCUCCGCCUCUUCCAAAUUAUGAAAUCAUCAAAUUACUGGAGACCCUUCUUCACACUCAUCAUCACCAUCACCACCUUCAUCACGUUAACGCAUCCUGGCACUGUCCUACUCACCAGAUGCCUCAUCUCCACCAAAUCCAGGACCUUCCUGACAGCUCCUCCAGGUCUGCUUAUCCCGGGGAUGCAGCGCCCCUUCGUGAAGCGUAGAUUAGUGCACUUAAAGGUACUACUGUGGUCUAUAAAGUAUAUGAAAACAGACCUUACACAGUAUGAAAUGAUCUAUGUGGUUUCAGGAAAAGUUCAAUAUAAAUAUGAGAUGUAAAACACAUCAAUAAAUCAAAUAAAAAGACAAAUAUCAAAGUGAGGAUUUGGCAUUCAUUGUUUUUGACGGUCGCAUAUACAUAUCAUAUUAAGUCUUUACCAUUAUAUACACAUGUUACAUAAUUCUGGACUGUUA